GUGAACCACGUGACCCGCUCCCUCCGCACGCUGCUUUCUGUCUGAAGGUGAAGUUGCUGCUAAACGCGUCUCUACAGGUAGAAGAUGUCGACCUUGUCUGCAGCCAGCGUGGAGACUCCAGCUGUGGCCGGUGAAGCCGAGCAGAAGAAGCCGCUGAAGCCCUGCUGCGCCUGUCCGGAAACCAAGAAGGUCCGGGACGCGUGCAUCAUCGAGAAGGGCGAGGAGAACUGCACAGAUCUCAUCGAGGCACAUAAAGACUGCAUGAGAGCGCUUGGAUUCAAGAUCUGACCUGGUUUCUUCUCCUUUCGGUUCCUGCGUGUGUGUUGCUGUUUGGACGCUGAGCCCGGCCCCCCCUCCUCCUCCACUCCUCUUCUUAUUUAUACCUCUGCUGGAAGGGAAAUGUGAUCAGAAGCACUUCGUUUGAGGGAUUUCACUCUUUCUGUGUGGACACUGUUUUUUUUUUAUUGUAAUAUUUGAG